AUGAGCGCUGCUCAGGAGGCACAGGGCGACGAAAGUGAGUCAGACAGCUACGACCUGGCGGAGCCUCGGAGCCUGAUCGCCUUCCUCUCCGACGUGGAUGUUCGCCUGGUCCGGCUGGAGUACCUCAUCGAGCUCCGCGAGUCCGGGAGGGUCCUCCCUCGGCGUCAGGAGGCCGAGAAAGAGCGGACGGCCUCGGGGCAGCCGGCCCUGGUGGGUGUCGACGAGCUCAAGGACGUGAUGAUCGACGGCGUGACGGCCCACAUGUCCACGAUGGUCAGGAGCCCAUCGCCGAUGCGGGUCACCGUCCACAUCGUCUCCGUGAGCCACGUGUGGGAGAGCAUGCAGCACCCGGACCCCUGGAGGUUUCAGCUGGACCACAUCGUUGACGCAUACCGCCCCAAACAGCUCGACUCCUUGGUGUGGAUCUUCCUGGACUUCGUCUCCCUCCACCAGUACCGCCGAGAUCCGGAUCAGGAGAGCCUCUUCCGGCGGGCGCUCAAGGACAUGCACGUGCUCUACGCGCAUGAGGCCAUCAAGGUCCAUCGCAUCGAAGAGCUGACCCCGCAGAGCGUGCGAGAUGGAUGCGUGGCAGGCUCUUCUCGGAUCCCCGUGUACUGGGAUGCAGAGCAAACGGUCAUGGACAUCCCCAUCUGGGAGCUGAAGCUGAACUUCACCCCUUACGCUGCAAGGGGGUGGUGCCAGGCCGAGAGGCAGUGGGCAGCCCUCCGGGCCUCGUUGAAGGGCGCCUCCGUGCCGCUCCCUCCCGAGAUGUUCCGGUCGCAGAUGCGGCAGCUCAAGUUCACCCACCAGGACGACUCGGAGACCGUCUUCGAGCUGCAGAAGAAGGUCUUCCACCAAAAAGUUUCCUCCACAACGAGGCUCCUGGUCGAAGAUUUGGACGCCGAGGGCCUGGCGGUGUUGCUUGCGGCGCUGCCCUCCUACCACAAGUUGCAGGAGCUGGUCGUGAACGCCCUCCCGGAGCACGUCUGGAAACUCGUCCCGACCGUGGUGGAGUCUGGCGCCCGGGAGCUUCAGGUCGAGUGCGAGAGCUUGCGGGAUGAGGACGCCGUCGCUUUGGCGGCCGACUUGUCCAAGGAGGCCUGCGCUCAUCUGGAGCAGCUGCACCUGAAGUGCGCCACCAUCGGAGAGCUCGGCAGCAACGCUCUCCGACACAUGUCGGCGCAUCGCGGGGCGACGUCACGAUCCGCGUUGGACUUCGCGCUCACCGUCGCAGACCGUGCGGGACAGGAAGCGGAACAUGCGGAACGGGCGCCACCGGCGCCCCUCGGCCAUCCUGGCCAGCCGCGCGCAACGCUGCGCGUCCUGGUCUCCAAGCGCAAGCGACCUCAGCGACCUGAUCCGCCAAUGCAGGUACCCGCUGAAUCCGGCCACGCAGACUCGCCUUCUUUCGGAGGCGUUUCGGCGCUGGUCGAGCCGCAGUGA